CACUAUAAUCAUAGGAAUUGGUGGCAUUUCGACGAACAAGUGAGAGCUAUUUUUGUCUAAUGCAUAAUCUCGACCACAAUUUUCGUAGAGCUCUUCCUCGCUUUCUCAGAAAUCAAUUCAAAUUUCCCAAACCCUGCUCUUCUAUUUCACCUUUUCAUUCUUCUGAUGAAACCGUCGUUUCUGAUCCUAAAUUGGAUUUCAUCUUCAAAGAGGUUGAAGAGAUUCAAUCACUAAAGCCCACCACAAAAACGAAAGGGAUCACUCCAAGGGAACGAGAGAGUUCCGAGCUUCUACCGGUUGAAGCCAAGGUUCAGAUUUCACACGCAUGGCCAGAAUGGGUGGAGCUCAUGGAAUGCCUCUUAAAGACGGGCUACUUCAGAGGCAAUGGAAACCCUUUUGAUCUUGACGAACUGGGUAACAAGAAUUCAAAUAGCAUCCGAACUGCGUGCCUUAACUUUGCCCGUGAUCGACUCGAUCUCAUAAAGCACCUCUCUAGGAAGGACAUCCGGGUGGUUGUAGGGUCUGGUUGCCCAAUCAUAGACAGGAAAGUGGUCAACUCUGGAAAGCGUUUAAGAUCACAUGUGGGCAUCGAUGAAGGAAAUGUUUGCAGCUCCUGCACCUUGAGGGGAAGCUGUGACAGAGCAUAUGUGAAAGCUCGAGAGAAUGAACGUGGUCGAACUGUGGAUGUCAUGCGUAUCUUAAUAACUUAUGGUCUUGAUCCCAUUACUGGUUCAGUCGAGAACAAGUCAUGCCUAAGCAAAAGGAUUAAAGAGUCAGUUAGGAAGUUGCUGACAGAAAUGGUGAAGUUUAGCAUCAAUCUUGACUCUGGUUCUGUUAAGGGCACCAACUCCUCGAUUCUGGAACCCUCAAGUCAGCAACAAAAAGCCCAGAUUAAUGUCCCAAUGAAGCAGGGCGAUUGGGUUUGCCCAAAAUGCAAUUUCAUGAACUUUGCCAGAAACAUAAAGUGCUUGUGCUGUGAUGGGCUAUUCCAAGAAAAACUAAUGAAACUCAGGGAGGAUCAGGAUCAUCUUCCAUUGAAGAAAGGGGACUGGUUAUGUGACAAAUGUAACUUCUUAAACUUUGCCAAAAAUACAAUGUGUUUGCAAUGUAAAGAGAAGCCUACAAAUCGGCAGCUCAAUCCAGGGGAGUGGGAAUGCGAGUCAUGCAAUUAUGUCAAUUUUAAAAAGAACAUGGCAUGCCUGAGAUGCAAUUUUAAACGACCAAAGGCAUCAAGCCCAGAGUUUUCUGCUCAGCAUCAACAUGAACAUGGAAGGUUUCCCCAGGUCCAUGGUAUGAAGUUUGUUAGAGAGGAUGAUAAAGCCCAUGAUCAGCCUUCUAUCAAUUACAAGAGACAAAAUCAAAAGGACGGAGCAAAUUUCUGGACAGGUGUGGAGGAUGAUUUGCAUCAAGAUGAUGGGCCAAACACAUGGAACCAAUUCGAUUUUCAAGAUUUUCCCGUUGUGGGAGGUAAGACUCCUCUCUCCCAGAACCCACAAGAGAGGCAGAGAUGGAAACAGAAAAUGUCAAUGAGAAGCCUAAUUAUUUCAAGGCAGAGGGAAAAUGAUGCUGAUUUCAGUUCUGCUGUCUUCAAAAGAAGGGUAGAGUUUCUGGAGUCUACAGAUGAUGAGGAAAUAGUUGGGUGGUUUGGAAAGGAAAAAAUGAUCGAAACAGAUGAGUAUAAAUGUGAACCUGAGACAUGUAGACAAUGAUUAAAGAUAAUAUGUUUAUUGGUUAUAUUUUCAAUAAGAAUUGAAGGUUCAAGAGUC